ACAACGCGGGCACACGGGCAGCACGUCCCCAGCGGGCCCGGGUGCGUCACGGGGCGGGCGGGGAGAACCAGGAAGUCAGCCCGGGGCCCAGGGCGUCUGCACAAGUUUGCAGAGGCGGGAGAAAGCGCGCGGGCGCCCCGGGCGGCCAGGACCAGCCCUGAGACCCGGAAGACCCGCGGUGCGCCUGGUGGCCGCGCGCCCCGGCCGUGCCCCUCGCCAGGUGCGCCGUCCCUGCUGUGCGCCCAGGCCCGCGCCAUGCGCCCCGGGGGCGUCCGCAGCUUCGCGCUGGAGCUGGAGCGGGGCGGCGCUUACCGCGGCGGGGAGCUGCUGUGUGGCCGGGUGCUGCUGGAGGCGGCGGCGCCGCUGCGCGUGCGAGCGCUCGAGGUGGCCGCUCGCGGCGGGGCGACAACGCACUGGCUCCAGGGCCGAAGCGUGGGCAUCAACGCGGUUUCCAGCGACUUCACGGCCGUCGAGACAUACCUGCGGCGGCGGCAGCUGCUGCUCCGAGAUACUGGAGAGACCACCACGCUGCCUGCUGGGCGCCACGAGUUCCCAUUCAGCUUCCAGCUGCCUCCGACGCUGGUGACGUCAUUCGAGGGCAAACACGGCAGUGUCCGUUACUGCAUCAAGGCCACCCUGCACCGGCCCUGGGUUCCUGCCCGCCGGGCCAGGAAGGUGUUCACUGUUAUCGAACCUGUGGACAUCAACACCCCUACCCUGCUGGCCCCUCAAGCAGGAGCCCGGGAGAAGGUCGCCCGAUCCUGGUACAGUAACCGUGGCCUCGUCUCCCUCUCAGCCAAGAUCGACCGCAAGGGCUACACGCCAGGGGAGGUGAUCCCUGUGUUCGCUGAGAUCGACAACAGCUCCACGCGCCCGGUGCUGCCGCGGGCGGUCGUGGUCCAGACGCAGACCUUCAUGGCGCGAGGCGCCCGCAAGCAGAAGCACGCCGUGGUGGCCAGUCUCUCGGGCGAGCCUGUGGGCCCGGGGCGGCGGGCGCUGUGGCAGGGCCGGGCGCUCCGCAUCCCCCCGGUGGGCCCCUCCAUCCUGCACUGCCGCGUGCUGCACGUGGACUACGCCCUCAAGGUCUGCGUGGACAUUCCGGGCACAUCCAAGCUGCUCCUCGAGCUGCCGCUGGUCAUCGGCACUGUCCCCCGGCACCCUUUCGGCAGCCGCUCGUCCAGCGUGGGCAGUCAUGCCAGCUUCCUGCUAGACUGGGGGCUGGGGGCCAUGCCAGAGCAGCCUGAGGCCCCUCCAGACUAUUCAGAGGUGGUGGCAGGUGACGUGGCAGCCGGCGGGCAGAGCCCCUUUCCUCUACCUCAGGACUCCGGCGUGAGCCUCGAAGGCCCCUUCUUCGCCUACAUCCAGGAGUUCCGCCUCCGCCCGCCACCCCUGUACUCCGAGGAGGACCCAAACCCCCCCUCUGAAGCCAUGAGGCCACGCAGCAUGACCUGCUGAGUGGGAGCGGAAGUGGAUACCUCCAGGGAUGAGGUUGCACAUGUGCUUCCAGCCUCCGUGGACAUGGGGAGCGGCUGGGCCAGGAGAGACACGCCUGCCUGCGGUUGAAGUUGGGGAAAUCAAGUCUUGGACCGAGGCAGGGCUAUUCACAUGGGACAAAGGAAGAGCCAGUCUGGCAUCUGACUGAGCUGGUCCUUCUCAGGCAUCAAAUGGCUAUUGCAGGAUCCGAGUGACUGUUCAAGCUGUCUGUGCUGGCCUGUGGACCAGGCUGGGCUCCCCAGGAGCCUCCAGUCUGGGAGAGACACAGCCGGGCACAGAUACUUCUAGUCUAGUGGGACCAGAGGAAGGCCUGAGAGAGUC